GAGCAAGCAAGCAACAGACAGGAUGCCAAAAAGUGCAGACCGGUGGAGAGCUUUCACGCGCUGAGAAGAAAAGUCCUCCCGAAAACGAUCGGCCGGUGGAGGGAGAGAAAGAGAGACAGAGAGAGAGAGAGAGAGAGAGAGAGAAGGAAAGAAAGAAAGACGCAAAACAAGACGUGGUUUCUCGGCGACAACUUGCGCGCAGCGCCAGCGGAGUUUGAGCGGCAGCAUUGUUCUGACUUCACUCCAGAGGGGCCACUCCGAGGAGAGGACGCACACAAAAGGACAAAAACUUUAAAAAAAGAGAAAGAAGGAAAGAAAGAAAGAAAAAGAGAGAGGACUAAAGGAGCCACGCUUUUGGCGUUUAAAGUGCCAGUGAUGAUGGUGGAAUCGGCUUCUGAGACCAUUCGAACUACGCCGUCCAACCAAAAUGGAGUCAGCAGCCUAAGCAGCCAAUCGGACGGAGGGGGAGGUAGAGAGGGCGGGUCCAACGGAGACACCAAUGGAGAGAUUAGCCCGGUCGACUUAUUGCACCUGCAACAGCAACAGGCACUCCAGGCAGCCAGACAGUUCCUCCUCCAGCAGGCCUCUGGACUCAACUCCCCUGGAAGCAACGAGGUCAAACAGAGCCCUGUGCAGGUGCCUGUGUCUAUGGCCAUGAUGAGUCCACAGAUGAUCACUCCUCAGCAGAUGCAGCAGAUCCUGUCCCCUCCUCAGCUCCAGGCUCUGCUGCAGCAACAACAGGCUCUUAUGCUCCAGCAGUUACAGGAGUACUACAAGAAGCAACAGGAGCAGUUGCAUCUCCAGCUUUUGACUCAGCAGCAGCAGCAGCAACAGCAGCAGCAGCAGCAGCAGCAGCAGCAGCAGCAGCAGCAGCAGCAGCAGGUCGGGAAGCAAGCAGCAAAAGAGCAGAUCAGCAGUAAGCAGCUGGCCUUCCAGCAGCAGCUGAUCCAGAUGCAGCAGCUUCAACAGCAACACAUCCUCAAUCUGCAGAGACAAGGCCUGGUUCCCCUGCAGCCCACCGCCGCCAUGCAGUCUCUUCAGCAAGCAAUGUGUCCGUCAGACCUCCAACAGCUGUGGAAGGAGGUGUCGGGGGUGCAGAGCACCGAGGAGGCCCUCAAGCAGGCCGAAGGCCUGGACCUGAGCACCAACAGCUCCAAUUCUACCUCAGCCUUCCCCAAAGCUGCAAGCGCUCACAUUCCACUGCACAGCCUGCCCAAUGGACAGAGCCACACCCCAAAGAGAGACAGAGCCAGACUGUUUGAGUGGAUAUCGUCCUUCUCCAAGGCAGACAGCGCAGAUGACCAUGUCCCUCUUUAUUCCAAAGGCAGCCAACCGCCCAGCAGCCAUCACGAGGAGCAGAGCAGCUCCCAUCCCCUUUACGGUCAUGGAGAGUGUAAGUGGCCUGGCUGCGAAGCACUGUGUGAGGACAUGGGACAGUUCAUCAAGCACUUGAACAAUGAGCACGCCCUCGAUGACCGCAGCACUGCCCAGUGCAGAGUCCAGAUGCAGGUGGUUCAGCAGCUGGAGAUACAGCUGGCGAAGGAGAGUGAGCGACUCCAGGCCAUGAUGACCCACCUGCACAUGCGUCCUUCAGAGCCAAAACCUUUUAACCAACCUCUGAACCUGGCUUCCAGUGGCUCUCUGUUAAAGAGGGAUACUGACAUCUAUCCAGAGGGUCUUCCCCACCCCCCCACCUCAGCCGCCACCCCAAUCACCCCGCUGCGCCAGGGACCCUCCGUCAUCAGCUCUUCCAGCCUGCACACACACUCCCACUCCCACACGCACCCCGUCGGGCCCAUACGUAGGCGCAACUCCGACAAAUACUGCACCCCUAUUGCCUCAGAGCUCGCCCAAAACUGUGAGUUCUACAAGAACGCUGAUGUCAGGCCUCCCUUUACCUACGCCUCUCUUAUACGCCACGCCAUUCUGGAGUCUCCAGACAGACAGUUGACCCUCAAUGAGAUCUACAACUGGUUUACACGAAAGUUUGCGUAUUUUAGGAGAAAUACGGCCACAUGGAAGAACGCCGUGCGCCACAACUUGAGUCUGCACAAGUGCUUCGUUCGCGUGGAGAACGUGAAAGGUGCCGUGUGGACCGUGGACGAAGUCGAAUACCAAAAGAGGAGACCACCAAAGAUGACCGGAAGUCCCACUCUGGUGAAAAACAUGAUUUCGGGCUUGGGUUUUGGCUCCCUAAACGCUAGCUACCAGGCGGCUCUGGCAGAGAGCAGUCUGUCCCUGCUCAACAGCCCCCCCCUGGUGACUCCUCCGUCUGCAGCCAGCCUCAACAUGUUACACGUGGGCCACGAUGAUGUCAGCUCCACCGUGGAGCAGGUGAACAGCAACGGCAGCUGCAGCCCAACACUCAGCCCUCACCAGUACAGCCACUCGGUGCACGUGAAGGAGGAGCCCACUGAGGUGGAGGAGGACUGUCGGCCCGUCUCCCUCCUGGCCAGCAUCGCACACAGCAUGCCGCUGCCGAGCGACGAGCGCGACCUGGAGGAGGAUCUUCCCACCGAGGAGCUGGAGUAGGACGGGAACUCACCAAGAUCAACCCCGGAGCUCUUGCACCGGUGCGAAGCGGGAUUAAAAUCACAAAAGAGCAACGCUCAAGAGAAAAAAAAAAAAAGUUUUUUUUGUUCGUUUUAAAGAAAGUUCGAGCAACUACGAAAUGACAUUGGGGGGAAAAAUUAAAAACUCA